AUGGGUAGAGCCGAAAGGGUUCCACUAAAAAGUGAAGAGCCGCCACCUGGGGAUGGAAAAAUCUACGAUGGAGUCAGAUUGAAGCCGAAUCCGGCAAAGACAGCCAAUGUAUUCUCGAGGAUAUUUUUCUGGUAUAUGGGUCCACUCUUUCUACGCGGUUUUCGUCACAAUCUUGAGUCAUCCGACAUGUUUGAGCCAUUGCCCGAUCAGGAGAGUAAAGCCGCCACGGAGCAAUUGAGAACGGCCUGGCAAAACGAGCAAAAAGAAGCAAAAGAGAAAGAACGAGAGGCGUCACUGAUGCGCGCAAUCUUUAAAGCAUAUGGAAGAGAGUUGACCAUUUAUGGGGUUUGGCUGUUUCUUGAAGAGGCCAUCAAAUUGUCCCAACCGCUCUUCAUGGGAAGAUUGAUCCGAUAUUUUCGAUUUGACACUCCUUUAACACAGCAAGACGCUUUUCUAUCAGCUGCCGGAGUUGCCAUUACGGGUUUCAUUGUCGUGACAAUUCAUCAUCCAUAUUUCUACGGAUUGCAAAGGAUUGGCUUGAAGAUCAAGAUUGCCGCUUCUGGGCUUUUGUCGGAGAAAGGUUUCGGUUUGAGCAGUGCGGCUCUCCGUGACACCUCAGUCGGUCAUCUCGUCAAUUUGCUCUCCACCGAUGUCAUGAAAUUUGACAUGGCUUUUGUCUUCUUUCACUAUUUAUGGGUUUCCCCACUACUUUUGAUCGGCUACGGGUGCGCGAUUUGGUCACAAAUUGGAGUGAUUUGUCUUGCCGGAUUUGGAGCCUAUUUUUUGCUGUUCCCAAUUCAAAAGUACAUCUCAACAAAGAUGGGCAUCUACCGGCGAUCCGUGGCGAUGAGGACCGAUAAGAGAAUUUCGCUGAUGAACGAGAUUUUGAACGGGAUUCGUUUGAUCAAAAUGUACUCCUGGGAGGAUGCGUUUGCUGACAUUGUGAAGGAGUUGAGGACAAAAGAAAUGGAUAUGAUUCGAAAACAAGCCUCUUGCCAAUCACUUCUCAUGGGUCUCUUUUGGCCAAGCGGGAAAAUGGUCGUGCUCUUCGUCGCCCUUGCCUAUUACCUCCAAGGAGAACUUUUGCUAGCUGAGCCGAUCUUUGUGGCGAGUGCUCUUUUCAACUCUUGCCGCCUUCCCGUUAUGCUCUUUUUGCCAAUCGGUAUCGCAAUGUUCCAGGAAGCAAGGGUUUCAGCGAAAAGGAUUCAAACAUUCUUGGACCUUGACGACUUCAACGCAAUUGAAGCACCAAAAGAGGAACGAGUUGAGAAAGACGAUGGAGUUCAUUAUGAGUUGACUCUGAAUGGAACUUCUGAAAAAAAGCCACUUAUUGAUAACGGAAACGGUUUUUCCACUAUGGAUUCGUGGUGUCAUCUGGAGCCGGAGAGUUCGAAAGACGCGAAAGUCAUAUUGGAGAACUUCUCGGCGACAUGGGAAAGCCCGAGUGAAUGGGAGAAGAAAAUAGCAAAUCCCGAAGCCCCAAUGCAAGCGCAAGCAAUAAAGGACAUCUCCGUCACAGUUACAAAAGGAAAGCUCGUCGGUGUGAUUGGUCCUGUUGGAGCUGGAAAGUCCUCUCUCCUGGCCUCAGUGUUGAGAGAAACAACUCGUACAGCUGGAAAGUUAACCGUUCACGGAAAAGUUGCCUAUUGCUCACAAGAUGCGUGGAUAUUUGGAGGAACGAUUCGAGACAAUGUUCUGUUCGGAAAAGCAUACAAUGCUGAGCUUUAUGAGGAAGUUAUCGAGAUGUCAGCGUUGAAACAAGAUCUUGCUGAGAUUCAAAACGGUGAUCAAAAUAUUGUCGGUGAUCGAGGAUUGGCGUUGAGUGGAGGGCAGAGAGCACGAUUGGCACUGGCGAGAGCGCUUUAUAGUCAAGCUGACAUUUACCUCCUGGAUGACCCACUCUCCGCUGUCGAUGCAGCUGUUGGACGCUUCAUCUUUGACAAAUGUAUCCGACAAUACUUGAAAGAGAAAGUCGUCAUCCUUGUCACUCACCAAUUGCAAUUUGUCGGGAAAGCCGAUGAGAUUGUUUUGAUGAAGGAUGGAGCCGUUGCUGUACAAGGGACACCGAAAGAAUUGAGGGAAUCGAACUCGAAAAUUGUGUUGCAAUUGAUGCAUGAAACCGCUCGAACCUAUGGCGUUCGACGAUCGGUCAGUGUGAGCAGUGGACACUCAAAUGAGCCCGAAGAGUUUGACGAAGAAGAAGUUUUCGAUGAGAAUUUUGGUCCAAAACUGGAAGAAAUUCAAGGAACGAGUGAACCAUCUGGACAAAUAGAAGAGGAUCGAGCUGAAGGAGCUGUGCCAUGGUCAGUCUAUUGGCGCUACAUCACCGCAAUGGGCACUUGUCAAAUCAUCCCUGCUCUUCUUUUCACAUUUUUUGUUCAAAUUCUAUUCAAUUUCACCGAUUUUUGGCUGAAUCUUUGGACAACAGCGUCGGAGAAAGUAAUGAAGUUAACGAAUAUUACAGCUGUGGAAGAGAUUCCAGAUUUCAAGGAUAAUAUCAACUUCUUUGGUCACCAUAUUUCCUUGAGUCUUGAUGGGUACAUGUGGAUUUUCGCGGUCACCUCAACAAUUGUUGUUAUCAGCUCUGUGCUCAGAUGUGUUUGGGUUCGUUUGCUUGAAACGGUCGCCUCGGAGACUCUUCACAAGGAAAUGUUCCACGCUGUUGUAAACACAGAGACCGAGUUCUAUGACACAAAUCCGAUUGGACGAGUACUCAAUCGCUUUUCUAAAGAUAUUCACACAAUGGAUGAACCGUUGGCCUUUGUGUUCUUUGAAUUCAUCUUGGGCGUCCUUGCAAUCAUUGGCUCAGUUGCGAUGAUCUUUUUCGUGAAUCCAUGGAUCUUCCUUAUCUGCAUUCCACUGUGUUUGCUCUUUUGGGUUGUUCGAGCGCUCUAUUUGGCCACGUCAAGAGAUGUGAAGCGAUUGGAGGCAAUCACCCGAUCCCCUCUCUACACUCACAUCUCAUCAGUGAUGCAGGUCAUUCACGAUUAUCAUGGAAAGAUGAACAUCAACUCAGCUGCUUUCAUUCUCACAUUAACCACUUCUCGUUGGUUCGCUGUACAAAUCGAUCUAAUCGUCACACUUUUUGUCUCAUUUGUCGCCUUUGCUUGCGUCUUGUCACCAAUGGUCUUUUCUUCUGGAGAAGUGGCGCUGAUGUUGGUUUACGCGAUUCAAUUAACCGGUUUCUUCUCAUGGAUCAUGCGACAAUCGGCUGAGCUUCAGAAUGGGAUGGUCUCCGUUGAGCGCAUCGUGAACUUCUGCGGUUUACCAAACGAGCACGCCGAAGAGGGAUUGACAAAGAUCCCAGCUCAUUGGCCAAGCCAGGGUGAGAUCAAAUUUGACAAUUUCUCCCUCCAAUAUCGAGAUGUGAAUCAAUUUGCUUUGCAAGAGAUCUCCGUGCAAAUUGCGAGUCAUCAAAAGAUUGGAGUCGUUGGGAGGACUGGGGCUGGGAAGUCCUCACUUUUGAGAGCUCUCUUCAGAAUGAACAAGAAAUCAACAGGAAAAAUCUACAUUGAUGGAGUUGACAUUGCGAGCAUUCCUUUGAGAGAUCUCCGAGCUCAUUUGGCCAUCAUCCCACAGGAACCAGUCCUUUUCGUGGGAACACUUCGUCGAAACCUCGACCCAUUCAAUGAGCAUUCGGAUGAGGAUUUGUGGACAGCUCUCGAACAAGUCGAACUGAAAGAUGCGGUUGCUGAAUUAAACGGAAAAUUGCAAGCAGAGAUGAAUGAAGGAGGAGCCAAUUUCUCGGUUGGUCAACGCCAACUCGUUUGCUUGGCUCGAGCCUUGUUAAGGAAUUCAAAGAUUUUGGUGAUUGAUGAAGCGACGGCCAAUGUUGAUUUACAGACUGAUGCUCUGAUCCAAAAGACGAUUCGCAAGAGGUUUGCCGAGAGCACCGUGUUAACAAUUGCUCAUCGCUUGCAUACGAUUAUGGACUCGGAUCGAGUCAUGGUGCUCCAAGACGGUCGUGUUGUCGAAUUCGACCAUCCCUAUCUUCUCCUAAGCAAUCCGGAGUCAACUUUCUCAGCGCUAGCAAAUGAAACCGGUCGAGAUACGGCCGCUCAACUGCUCUCCGUCGCUAAAGCCACUUAUGAGGCCCAAAAU